AAUACAAAAAACUCCCUGAUGAGACCCGAAAACACCAAAAAUCGAAAUGGAGAUUAUCAAAGCAGACAACUUGAAGAAUUUUGUUGAUUCUUUUGACAAUUUCCUCUUCGAUUGCGAUGGUGUUUUGUGGGAUGGACCAAGACUGAUACCUGGUGCGCAAGAUGCUCUGCGGCUUCUCAGAAAACUGGGCAAGAAAAUAUUCUUCAUCACAAACAACAGCAGUAAGACGAGAGAAGAUCUCCUAAAGAAAUUCGAGCGACUAGAAUUUGAAGCCCAUACAGAGGAAAUAAUAUGUACGGCCCAUGUCAUUGCCUGGUAUUUGAAGGAGGAGCUCAAGUAUGCUGGGAAAGUGUACAUGAUUGGCAGCGUAGCUCUUGGUCAUGAACUUGACUGUGUCGGAAUCAGGCAUUCAGGAUUAGGAGAGGAUGUAUUCCCUGAAGGCUUCAACUAUGACAAGGAUUUUAUUUUCGAAGUAGAUCCAGAGGUUAAGUGUGUGGUAGCAGCCUUGGAUACCCAAUUUAGCUACAAGAAGCUUACAAAGGCAACCACGUAUCUCUAUCAGAAGCCUGACACAUUGUUCAUUGGAUCAAACACUGAUGCUCAGAUGCCAAUGAAUAAGAUUGUUUUGCCAGGCACUGGUUCGAUAGUGAAAAGUGUAGAACAUGCUACUGGCCGGAAAUCUGACGUCAUCGGAAAACCAGAGAAACCCAUGUUCAAGUUUCUGCAGAAGACGCAGAAUUUGGAUAAAGAUAAGACUGUGAUAUUUGGAGAUAGGUUGGAAACGGACAUCAAGUUUGCACGCAAUAACGAUUUCAAGUCAGUUCUGGUUUCAACGGGUAUCCAUUCCUUCGAGGACGGGAUGCGCAACAUGUCAAGUAACUCUAUUGAACACCAAAAACUUGUUCCUCAUUACUUUAUGGACAGUGUCGGAGUUCUUAAUGAGUAUCUGUAGGGGAAAAUAGUGAAUUCAGUUCUGUUUUGGCAUUAUGUCCAAUGAUGCGCUCUUAGAGCAAGGACAUUUCUAUAGAAAAGCACCAAGUAUAAGAAGACGAACUUAACCGUCACUAUAUUAACAAAAAUGUCAUAGAGGUCUUGAUCUACUUUCUGAUGGUACUAUGAUUUCAUGUAUUAUGCGAAGGCAAAUAGAUUUACCUCCCAUCAUAUUGAGUCUUGAUGAUUACAUUUGGUAAAUUACUGUCUGACUUCCAAGAUGAGAUUGUUUUAAAUUCUAUAUUGUUUAGUAAGUUGAUAAAGAAUGUUUCCAACUGAUUUUAACAUUUAAAUAGCAUUUAAAAAGUUUUGGUGCUAAUGAUGUCAUCAGCGGCAUAUCAGGACAAAUGUUUCAGUCGAUUCAAUUGGAAUUGGGUCCAAUUUUCACAUCAAUUGAAUGCAGCCUUUCAUUUCAAUGAAAUAAUGGGCAACAUACUUACUUAUUUUCUGCCAAAAGUACGAAGUAGAUUAUUUAGAUUAGGAGUCUGUCCAAAGACUGAUACUUCAAAUGUAAUAGAUGUCAAUUAUGUAAAAUGUAAAUGAAGAUGCUUAAGAAGCAUAAUGAUGUUAUUAAAGACUAUCCAUGGUAAUCAGUUAUCAA